GAGAGCGUUCAAAAGAUUCUUUUGCCCUCCUCUCCUUCCCCCGGAAGCGCUCGAACGGUAACUUCGCCAUCCAAGUAGACCGGUUUCCUUGAUAUUGAUGGACGGCAGCGCUCUUAGCUUCUUCAUAAGCGUGGAAGGCAGCACUCUCAGCUUCUUCAUAUGCAUGGAAGGCAGUGCGCUUAGCUUCUUCAUAUGUGAGGACAGCAGUGCUCUCAGCUUCUUCAUAUGUGAGAACAGCAGUGCUCUCAGCUUCUUCAUAUGUGAGGACGGCAGCGCUCACAGCUUCUCUGACAGCAGGAGCGUGUGGAGACGCCAUGUACUGCUCGAGAGCGUCAAAAACACAGAGAACAGACUGCUGCUGGUCCUGAAGAUACUGCCGCUUGUCGAAAAUAUAGAAAGAGUGUUCGAAAAUGAUGAGAGCAGCUAAGUGAUCGAUGAUAAGCAGGUUCAUUGCAAUUUCGCCUGAAAAUUCACCAGAGCUAAACUGAACAAUUGUCUCCAAUGGCGAUGAGCCAGAGGCC